AUGACAGUAGGACACAAAGGAAGUGUAGACGAUAACCCAUACAAGGAAGACACAACUGACUGUUACAAAAAGGAUAAUGAAAAUGAAAAAAACGAGUUGGACAAGUAUCUAAUAAAAAUGGGAGACAUUACAGGAAAGGGUAACUUGAUUGAGAACAAAGAUUUUUACAAAGGCAAGUAUGAUAUGGUAAUGACCGAUUCGAUUUCAACGACCACGGAGGAAGUUUCUUGUCCUUGGCCCCUCGAGGCGAAGGGAGACGAUAAGGAUACGCUUCGGUUUCCAGAGGAGGGAGAGUAUGGGGGUGUUUCCCAGGACUUGUCGCUGGACGAUCAACAGUCCACCAAAGUUGGUAACGGUAGCAGCAGCGGACGGAGUUCCGGGGGGAGAAGCGAAGGAGGAGGCACAGGAGAUGGCAGCGUGAGUAGUAGCCGUGGCAAAACUGCUUGGGCUACGGCCAGUGCCGCGACCAGUGCGUGCAAAAGGGACGCGCCCAAUUUUUGUGACGAUAAAGAUUUAUACCCCGUUGAACAGGGGAAACUGAAAAAAGGGAGGGAGCCUUUUUUAAUUAGCAAAAAUGAAAUGAAUAAAGGGAAGGAAAACCAGUGUGAUAAUUUAUCCUCUGUUAAUAAGACCUCCUCGAGUGGCAGCAGUACCCACCAGACGAAUGGGACGCUGCACGAUUAUUCAGUUGGGCUAAGUGGAAAAGAAAACGAAAGCAAUAAUCACACACAGAAGCAGAAUACACACGGGGCCGAGUUGCCAAAUGAAAGCACCACUCCUUUACGCUCACAUGUUUACCCUUCAUACAUCUCCAAUCAAUUCAACUCUGUGAGCAGUAGAAAUAAUGCCCCCCAUAUGUUUAACGGGCUUAGUAUGGGUACAACAGUCGGAGGACACAAAAAUUUUGGAGUCGAGGGGGAUUAUACGAGGAUGACCCUUCGAGGAAAUGGCAACCUUAUCAAUUGUAUGCAUAAGAGUGGAAAUAAAAAUAGCCUUAACCUUUUGCACUUGAAGAAUAAUGGCAGCCGGUGUGCACAUGGGGGAGUGGGAAAGGAAGGCAGCAGAGGGGGAAGCCCCUCCAUGGGGAGUAAUGUCAAAAUAAUUAGAGGAGCAGCUGAUGUGGAAAGGUUGGUAGGAAAUGUGAGUAGUGGUAGAAGCAUAAACGGAGUGAUAAAUCAGGAAAUGACCCGAAAUGGAGAAGAAACCGUGAGGAGCGCCAUCAGCGUGAGAAAAGCAAACAGUGUGAGAAGUGCAGGUAGCUGGAGAGGCAACAAGGCGGCUUCAACACACACCUUGGCCUUGAACGGAGUAGAUAAUAAUUUGCGAAACAUUAAUCACAUGGAAAAUUUGAAAAGUCUCAAUAACCACAACAGCGGCAUGUUCCACCUGCGUGUAAAUAUGAACACACUGAGGAAUAGCACAGAUGUGUUGAGUGACCCGGCGGAAGCGCCCCCCAUGUUGGCCGUGCAGCCAAUGCCACUGUUGCAUGGUACACACCCGAUGCAUGCAGCGCAUCCGCUUGAAGGGAACCUAAAUUGCAACCCCAAAGUAGAGGAUAAAAAGAAACCAACGAGUGUAAAUGGGGGCGAUGUGAAAGUGGCAGGGAUGACACAUCCCCAUGUGAAGAGCAGCGUGGAGAACGCGAAUGUGAGAUUGAAUUCGAGCAGGACUCUGAGUAGAAGCUGCUUUGGUGGUGGCCAUGCGGUGGUGGAUUCGUUUAGGGAAGGCCCCCACUGCGUGGGCAGAAAUCUCAGUAUUAUGGGCAUGAGUUUGGAUAGGGACAUCGGUCCGCACGUUCAGGGGGUGGCCGUGGGUCCAAGUGCCGCCCGCGUCCCAUGCAGCCCAGUGCCGAUUCGAGGCGACACGAGGAGAGGCAGCUUCAGCGGAAAUGUUAACGUGAAUGUACCGUUUAGCGCACCUUUUAGCGGACCCUUUAGUGGACCCUUUAGUGGAAUCCUCAGUAGGGACUUCCCCAUGCACACAUGCAAAAGGGGAGGGGCGAUGAAACCCCCAAGCGACAGCAGCUACGUAAGUUGCGGCGGGUGCGGCGGAUGCAACGGGUGUAGCGGGAUGGCCGUCGUGAAGAACCUGUCCAGCAGACAUAGAGGUUUAACGGGGCCAUAUAAAAAAGAAAAUGAAGAACAUGGCAAAGUGCUAAACCCUAUGGUACAGAGGAGGCAUUUAAUUGGCUGCACACAAAUGAACAACUGGAUUAGUCCUUUUGAAAAUAAAUCGCAAGGAGGGAACAAUGAUUGGAGAAGACUAUCCUCAGCGUGCUGCCUGAGGAGUGGCAUGUACAAGCCACACGCAACGGUGAACAAGGAAAAGGAGGACGGACAGCUACUUGACUUAAUAAUGAAGAAGGAAGCAAGUAAAACCCUCAGUGGAAAAAAAAAAAGAAGAAUCUUAUCCACUAAAUUUGAAAUAAAAGCUUUCCUUAUAAACACAUUGAAGGCUAUAGGAAUUGUACAAACCAAAUGGAAGCUAAAGGACUUUGGGAUGAAUUUCUGGUUCCACAUGAAGUGUAUUGAACAGGAAAGGGACCUCAAUUUUUAUGUGAAGUUUUUCGAUACCCUGUUUCAAAUAAUGACAGGGAAAGGAAUUUAUUUUCAACCGAACGAUUUAAAAUUACUUGUGAAUCUUUUUAAGGAGUUCAAUAUUUACGACUGCAAAAAUAUUUUGAGGACGAGUUUAAAAGUAUUGAACAAAUAUGCCAAGAGGAACUUGAAAGAUUUUUCCAUUUUGGAUAAUGACGAGGACAUAUUGGAUGUGAACAGGGCCUUGUUGCUCGGAAGGGCGGGGGAGGCACAGGGCUCUGACUCGCCUCCUUCCAUUCACGCCACUUCCACCGAAACGGCUGCAGGGGACACUGGGACGGGCACGUCCAUUCAGGAAACCCCCGCAGCAAGCAGUGGCAACGGAAAUAGUAGCGGCAACGGGAAUAGCAACAGCAACGGAAACUUCUUCGACUUCCUGUUCACUUCGCUCAAGGAAAACCACGACGCGCUGCAAAAAGUGGGGCAGGAAAAGUUGUACCUCUCCAAUAUAUUUGCCAAUUUUAACGACCUGAAUUAUGGAGAGCUCUUUCAUUUGUUUUUGAGGCAAUGA